AUGCUCACUGUCACCUCUGCUGCUCGCCGUGCUCGUGUAGCCGCCCGCGAGGACGGGGACACUGUGAGGGCAAACACGGUGCGAGGAUACUGUGAGGGCAAACGCGGCGCGAGGAUAGACACCACGCAAGGACGAGCAAGGGCAGACAGCAACGCGAAUCCAGCAGCAGCAUGGACUCAUGCACCAUCCUCGCUCGCUGUCGUCGUCGUCAUCGCCCUGUCUCAUCGCCCCAUCCUCACACCCGUCAGCAUCACCCUGUUGUCCUCGCCCCGUCGUUCUUGUCGCCCCUCACGACACCAUUGUCCCUCGUACCCUCGUCCUCGUGCAGUCGUCUUCACCCCCUCGUCAUCACCCUACCCUCAUGCCCCAUUGUCGUUGCCUGUCAUCUCCAUCGCCCCAUCAUCACUUCUAUAA